CUUUAUGCUUCCUUGCUUUCCUUGAUAAUGUGUUUUUCUCUUCAGGUUGAUCUUCAAACACCGGGUGAUGGUCAAGGCCAAACUCGGCCACACAGUCCACAUGGACAUACAGAAAUUCAAGGAUGAGAGUGAGGACUACGUGGCUCACAUGUGGCGGCGAGUGGCUCUCAGCUCGAGAGAACCUCUGGAACAGAUGUCGUCCUACCAGCUGGCCAUUGAGGCUCUCAAUAGUCCCAGCAAUGAGUGGCAGAAGGUGGAGUAUCUGCUAGAGUUUGGUCAGUGGUUGUAUGUGAAUGACUUCCCACUGCAAGAUGCCAUUGACCAGAUCGAGUGGGCGGCUGAUAUCCUGCUCAACAUGACCUCCCAGAACUCCCAGACUACUAUUGCUCCAGCUGAAGGCAAAGCUAAAGGCAGCUCUAUGUUCCUUGAUGGGAAGAAGGUACCAGCAAAAGCUGCUGCUACCAAAGUGGCUAAAGGGAGGCGAACCCCUCCCAAGAAAGGAGGCAGCCUGAAAGAGUCAAAGGAAAGUCUGGCUGCAAGUCAUUCACGCAAGUCAGUCUCCAUAGGCGACAAAUUGACCGACGUCAAGAGUACCAGUAGUGAGAGCGAGAACGAGAUCAACCCCGCAGACUAUAUACCCAUCGCUAAGGAAGCUGAUAUAGGUGUUCUUCCUGUGGACACGAGUCUGACAGUGACGAGCGUGGUGGAUGCGAGACAACUCGACAUGUUAGUGCGGGUACACGUGGUGCUGGCGCAGGUCGUGGGGUCGGCCUCCCAGUGCUACCGAGACAUCUGUCUGACAGCGUACGGAUACCUCAUGCAGCUCUGGAAGGUGUGUUUGUCAACAUCCGGUCCUGUGCUGAAGGAGUUGGCGACGAAUCAACCGGAUUCUCUACCGUCCGGCAAGAAAUCAACACAGCCAAAGAGCAAAAACACUAAAGAGCCUGCGAAAGACAAAGCGAAAAGAAAGGGUGCACUAGACACUAUGCCGGUAACGACUGAAGACUGGGCGCAUUACGAUGCACCAGAUGAGCUACUGGAAGCUUUCAAACAAGAGGCUAUGAAGAAGACUGGAAUUAACUCAGAAACAAUAGAGAAGCCGAUGCUGAGUCUGCACACGCUGAAUACGCUGAUGACGAUGCUGUCGGGAGUUGGCUACACUCACCUGAUGCUGCCCAUCCUCGCCUUCCAAGACGUCCUGUCUCGCAGUUUGUUGAAGAGUAACGCAUUGCACGUGCUCACUCAUAUCAGAGCAAUUGAAGUUUGCCAACAGCUAGAUUUGAAGUCUGGAUGUAAUUAUCAUGAGAAGUUAAUUGGUGGACAGAUGCAGAUCAGUGAAGAUGAACGAGCCAUGUCACGGGAAGAGAUCGCCAUUCUGAAGGAGAAGAAAGUUCAGGUGACUCGCGAGGAAAUGAGGUUGAAGGAAUCUCUGGCACGGCUGGCCGAGCAGACUUCUGAGAAAGAUCAACGCAAGCUGCGUACACGGCCAACUGAUGGAGACAAGAAGGAGGAUGUGAUGGAGUCUCACCUGGGCAAGGUGCUGGGAGCAGUCACAUUCCGAGACGUGUGGACGGACACGGCCGAGGUCCUCAUCAGACUCGGCUUCUACCAGAAUGCCCGCGAUCUCCUUGCUGAGGCCAAUAUAGCUGCCCAGGAGUUUGAUGACAAACCGCUGCAAGGCAGGAUACUGUAUCUGUUGGCCAAGCUGUCGUUUGAAGAGGCCCAGUUUAUCCAGGCUGUCAACCUCUGUAAAGCAGCUCAGGAAAUGUUUGAGGGAGAUGAAAUGUACUGGUUUGACACAACAAAGCUCAUGAUAGAUGCCACACUUGAAGAUUAUGAGAAUAGAUAUUCAAGUCGACUGUCGGAUGCUCAAAAAAAGAGAUUUUUCACUGCGAGGACGAUUGUUGUCCAUGCUUUGAAUGAGUUCCUCAGUGUGCAUGAAUUGCGACCUAACAGACUCAGCAUCACCGGCUACAUCCUGGGAAUUCUGGAAGGAAAACUAGCCAGUAUUCAGGCGACUGUGUUGAUGAAGAAGAAUAUCAAUGCUCCACAGAUCAUGAAAGGUGUGCUGUCAGCGUGUGAGAGGUUUGAGAAUGCCACAGACCGCCUUAUCAAGCUGGGAUACAAGAGAGAAGCAGUGCCGUUCAUGAAGGAAUAUGCUGGCAUCCUGAGAUACUUGGCUCGAAACUCCAUAGAGAAUGAGAUCAAACACACAUACUACUUACAGUCUCUACUGGUGUUGAGAGAGGGUUUGUCUCUAGCCGAGGAAGUCUUCCAAGAUGUUCAAACUCUGUGUUCUUUAAGUAACAAUCGAAACAUGAGUUUUCCAACGCAGCGUGAGUUUGCUGAUAUCCUCAUAGAGACGGGAGAUCUGUUGUUGGAGAUUCUCCAGCUACAUGACAAGGAACGGAGAAUGAAACAAUUCGCCGACCAGAGGAAAGGAUCCAUAGUCAAGAUGGUUGAGGAUUUCAUUUGCCAGACUCCAGUGUAUACCCACAUGGAAAAAGAAUGGGUUGAAAUUGCACACACUUGUGGUGAAGAGGCCUUGUCAAAACUGCUCACAGCCCACAGUCUGGCCGGCAAUAUCCAGAGACUGAAAGCGCGGGCUCUGUGUAGCAUGGGCUGGUGCUUCAAGCUGCUAUCUCUUCAGAAAGGACCGGACGCCCCGCCUCACUGGCUUGUCCACGAAAUGGAGAUGCUGAAGACGAAUUUCGAGGCGGAGAGUGUAGAAGCCGAUGAGACUGACGAAAAGAGUGAACCACCAGAUAAGGAGGAGAAGGCUUUCCGCAAAUACUCGCCACUUAUCAAACAGAUGAAGGACAUGCACCAGGAUUCGAAGUAUUACUUGAUUCAAGCCACGGAAUGUUUAGUUCAGUGUCUCAGCUUGAGUCUCUACCACAAGUUCACUGACCUGGCUGGACGUGUUUCCCUGGAGCUGGUCGACUGUUUCGGUCAGUUUGACCCCGCGACGGCCAGCAGUUUCCUGGCACUGCACCAGAGUUGUGAGACAUCGCGCCACCUCGAGAAGAUCCUGCACACCUCCCAGCCCGACCCGACCACCUCGAAACUUGCCGCGCUGCUACGGCAACGCUACAACCUACAGCUCCACGACAUCAGCACGAACCUCUCCAACAGUCCGCUGAUGGCAUCCAUUCAGGCAGCACUGCAAGCCGACUGGCAGUGUUGGAAGAGACUCGAGGUGAUGCCAAACCACAUAGAUCUCCUGAGGGAGUUUCCACCCAACUUCAACUUUGUUAUCCUCCAGCACUCUCCAGACAAGAACUUCCUGUACGGGAGUUUGUUGGACAAACCGAGACCUGGUGGAGACAAGAUGGGUGAAAAGCGAUCUCAGAAACAGGCGUCCACAGUUCCGAGUCGUGCAAGGGUGUUUGGCAUGGAGACGAGUGCGCGCCUCCUCAACGAGCUGGUGUCCAAGUUCCAGCAGCACAAACAGAGCGUGCAGCAGCUGUUAUUGAAACAGGAGUACCAGCGCACACAGGCCGCGCUACGACAGAAGAUGUUGCAGAACCUCGACGACAACAUGAAGCAGCAGGAGGCUAAGUUGUUUCUGGAAGAAGAAGACCGCGAUGAGGAGAAUCGUCUACAGGAGGAGUUCCGAGAACUAGUGGCCGCGAUGGAGUUGUAUCUGAAGCCCAUCAUGGAACCCAUCGAGGCAGCUCUCAGCUCCAAUCCCCCAGUGACGGUGAAGGACCCCCCACCCAGCCAGGAGUGCGUCAUCCUCCUGGCCGACCCGGAUCUCAUGCAAAUGCCGCUGGAGGCCCUGGAGUGUCUGUCUGCGGAACUGAUCGCGGCAUUCUCACGCGACUUCUCAUUACAACUCUUCUACCACCGCUACCACGUUGACCAGCCUGUCGAGGACCCGGCGGGUGAGAAGAAGAAGAAACCAAAGGGCGGAGAUCAGCUGGUGACAUCUCGCAUUCCCGGAGCCAGGGAGGCCAAGCAGAAACAGGCCAAAAUUAUACCACUUGAUCGACCUCUAAAACCAGGACAGAUCUCAAUGAACACAAUGAACGUCAAAUAUAUACUGGAUACUAACUUAGACUGUGCAGAAACAGAGGAAAACAAACCUAUAGAGCAGUUUCAGAAAGUUCUUGAUGAAUAUGAACAACAGUUCACGCCUCGCUGGCUGGGCAUUAGUGGAGAGGACCACACUCCAAGUGUUGGUGAGUGGGAAGUGUACAUGAUAGAAAGCAGUGGCUUCAUCUUUUAUGGCAUGGAGCAUCUUCUGUCUUACAUCCCUCCUUCAAAGAUAUCAGCAUUGAACAUCCCAGACUGCACCAUGUUAUAUCUUCUUGAUCUCGCCCAAACAAGCAAGAGCUUUCUGGGUCAGUCAAAGAUUGAUGUUCUUAAAAGUCAUAGUGACCUGGCUCUAGAGAAGCCAUUGGAGACUGCGAUGUUGACAUCACUGACGGGGGUGAAGUGCAUUAUGAUGAACCAGUGGUACUGUACGCUGGCUGAGAACAAAGACAGACUGCACCUCACCAUGAAAGAUCUGCUGGAGAAAGGGAAGAUGACGGGUGAGACGGUGAGACUGCUGUGCUCCCCCCAGAGACGGAAAGCGGAGGAGGAGGCGAGUAUCGCCGCGGAGGAGGAGGCUAGUCAGAACAAGGCGUCGGUUGACUCGGACAGUCGCAAGGGAGACCGCAGACGUGGUGGGUCUCCUGAAAGUCCUCGAAGUCCAAGAAAAGAUCCGGGUGGAAAGAAGGACCAGGGUGGCAAGAAGGGGAGGAGCCAGGGGAGUGGCAGCAGUCGGGUGAGCAGUCGCGCCAGCAGUCGGUCGGGUCACAAGGAGGGUGUGCAGCAUGAUGAGGAGGGCGAUGUGGACCCUGACAAGGAUCAGGAGGAGCCGAAGGAGGAGGAGAGGAUGUUCAUACAGAGAUCGUGGUUCAACAUGGUCUGUUACGGCCUGCCCAGCAUCGUCUUCACGCACUAGGCACAACACCAAUAGUCUCCAGUUAACACGAUGAGGUGUCUUUCAACUAACAUCAUCGUCACGCACUAGACACAACACAACACCAACAGUCUCCAGUUAACACGAUGAGGUGUCCUUCAACUAACAUCAUCGUCACGCACUAGACACAACACAACACGAACAGUCUCCAGUUAACACGAUGAGGUGUCCUUCAACUAACAUCAUCGUCACGCACUAGACACACAACACCAACAGUCUCCAGUUAACAUGAUGAGGUGUCCUUCAACGAGCAUUCUGUUCCCUUAAAGCCAACUGUUUGCAUAAUAUCCAAAGCCACGGUCAAAGUGAAUUACAUUACAAGCUGUACUGUGUGAUUAUAACCGAAUGGUCUGUAUUGUAUUAACAGCAGUACAAUCAUUUGCAUUCCACACAUUAAUAUGACCUUUUCCCACCUAAAUCAUAGACUGGUCUAAACUUAAUCUUCCAUUGUGUCGAGGCUACCCAUUUUUGCCCAUGUCAUUUAUGUCUUUCUUCUUUCUCCCUUGCUUUAUUGAUGCAUGGUCGGUUUGGGAUCAAUCCCGUCAGUGGGCUCAUUGGGCUAUUUCUCGCUCCAGCCAGUGCACCACGACUGGUACAUCAAAGGCCGUGG